CUAGUCACAGGAGAUCGCGAAAGUUGCGUGGCCUGAUUGGUUUAGGAGAAACUUAAAACCGACAAACAUUCGCCCCCCCCUUUUUUCUCCCACUUAUAUAUAUAUAUUUUUUUUGAAAAUAACAAAUCUAGAAUAUAUCUAGAUCCUUGACAAAGGGUUUGUCUUCAAAUAUUUUUUUAUGUAUUUUAAAAUCACAGUAUAAUACUAAAAUUUUCAUUCGGAGACAUCUUUAUCAUUAAAGUGAAAGGCUAAAUUCUAUAAGAUAUUUGUUCUAUUUACGCAGAUCUAUAAAGAAAUCUACAUAACUAUAUAUACUAGGAAAUAAGCAAAAUAGGAAUCCACAAAAAGUGAUCAACCCUAAAUCAACCUUUGUGAAGAACAUUGGAAAAUCUAAAGAACCAAUCAGAUAGCAAGAUGUCUGCGACAUGCACGUGCUCUUUAGUCAUAAUAUUAACCUGUGUGUUGUGUAGGUCAGUGACCUCACUUGCACUUAGACCCAGAGAAAGCAGUUUUAGAGAAGGCCUGACCUAUAUGGACGAUGAGCAAGAGGGGACUCCACUUCCGGGAUUGAUUCAGCUUUUGGCAAGGAUGAUACAACAAAGACAAGAAUCACAGUCUGAAGACAUUUCAUCGGCCAGUGUGGAGCUGAGUCCAAGCAAAGAGACGCUAAGAAAUCUGCUGCACAAGUUCUCCAAGCUGGAGCGGCCCGUCACUCCCUCGGCCCUGAACCUCUUCAAGAGAGGCUAUGAAGAUUACGGAGCCAUGCCCCCCUUGAAUGAGUUAUGUCGUUCACUUCAAGUGAAAUGCGGUUAAUAAGUUAGUCAAACCACAAUAAAGAUUAUAUUCUAUUCAGUGGUA